AUGGAGGUGAUAGAUACCGUUACUCUUGCAACACACCAUGCAGCAGGGUGGGAUGUUGACACUCCACUUCCAAGAGUUUUACGGGUUGAGGUCGGAUCUCAACAAUUGACAUUUAGUUGCAGAUCUCACGGACGCAAGUAUCGCAUCUAUGGCGAUGAGUGGAGCCGUUUUGUUAAACAAAAUAGAGGAGCAGUGGUCACUCUUUAUGCCGGCGAAGGGGAUAACGCCACCCACAGACUCGACAUCGCAUUUGAAUUCAUCAAACGACCAUGGAAGCUCUCUCUCUCGGUUCACUUUCCUCUCGAUCAAGCUUUACAAGGCAACAAGAAUUUCGAUCCAUCUGCCAUGGAAGACCUAAUGAAGCUUUUCGAGAUCGAAUCUUACAAAGCAUGGGCAGCUUUGGAGCUAGUGGAAGAAAAACAAGUGAAAGGAGCUAAAAUAACCAUGCCGAUAUUGAGUUUCGAUCAGAUGGGAUUAAAAGACGAUCUCCUCCGUGGAAUCUACAAUUACGGCUUUGAAAAGUUGUCGGCUAUUCAGCAGAGAGCCGUUAUGCCGAUAAUCAAUGGCCUCGAUGUGAUUGCUCAAGCCCAAUCUGGUACCGGAAAAACUUCCAUGAUUGCUCUCACUGUUUGUCAAGUGGUCGACACCGCUAGCAGAGAGGUUCAAGCGUUGAUAUUGUCACCUACAAGAGAAUUGGCGUCUCAAACAGAGAAAGUGAUACGGACAAUUGGCGAUUUCAUGAAUAUACAAGCACACGCAUGUAUUGGAGGCAAAAGUGUGGGUGAAGAUAUAAGAAAACUAGAAAACGGAGUUCAUGUAGUAUCGGGAGCUCCAGGUAGAGUCUGUGAUAUGAUCAAGAGGAGAACCUUACGUACAAGAGCUAUUAAACUAUUGAUUCUCGAUGAAUCUGAUGAGAUGUUAAGCAGAGGGUUCAAAGAUCAAAUUUAUGAUGUUUACAGACAUCCUCCAACCGAGCUUCAGCUGUGUUUAUUCAUUUCUUCCACUCUUUUUGUCUUUUUCCUAGUUAAAAUCAUUUCUUUGUUGGCAUCUAAAGAAUGCUUGAGAAAGGAAAGGGAGAGAGUGUCUAAUUACCUGCAUUCAAGCAGUGAGACAAAAUUGUUAGAGGUGGAGGAUCUUUCUAGGAUGUAUGUGCUUUAUUGUAAAAUACCUCGAGGCUUGGAGCACAUUGCUAAUGUAUUCAAGGUGUCUGAAUAUUUUGUUUUCUCUGCUCGCAAACCAAUUGAUCUUCUUUCUCAUGUCCCUAAAAACUAA